UAAACAGUCAAGUGGGAAGCAGGUCCAAGUCUGUCUCUAACCUAGCCUCUCACUCUUAUGUUUCCCGCCAAUCUAAUUCUCAGCAAUUCCCUCUCUCAAAACUCAGAAGCUACAAAAACAAAUACAGAAAGAGAGUGUUGAAGAAGCUUGAAUUGCCGAAGAAGAUACAAAGAUGUUGUGGGUAGACAAGUACAGACCCAAAACCCUAGACAACAUCACCGCCCAUCAACACAUAGCCCAAAACCUCAAGAAACUCGUGACGGAGCAGGAUUGCCCACAUUUGCUCUUCUAUGGCCCACCGGGUUCCGGCAAGAAAACCCUAAUCAUGGCCCUUCUUCGACAGAUGUUUGGCCCCACUGCUGAAAAGGUGAAAGUCGAAAAUAAGACAUGGAAAGUCGAUGCUGGAAGUCGAACUCUUGAUAUAGAGCUUACCACAUUGUCAAGCACCAACCAUGUGGAAUUGAAUCCCAGUGAUGCAGGGUUUCAGGACAGAUAUAUUGUUCAAGAAAUAAUUAAAGAAAUGGCUAAAAAUAGACCCAUUGACACCAAAGGAAAAAAAGGAUUUAAAGUAUUAGUGCUCAAUGAGGUGGACAAACUUUCAAGAGAAGCCCAGCAUUCUCUCCGAAGAACUAUGGAGAAAUAUAGUGCUUAUUGCCGUCUAAUACUGUGCUGCAACAGUUCUUCAAAGGUUACUGAAGCAAUCCGGUCUCGCUGCUUGAAUGUGCGAAUAAAUGCACCAACAGAAGAAGAGAUUGUUAAGGUAUUGGAACUCAUUGGGAAGAAGGAAGGACUACAACUUCCAUCUGGAUUUGCUGCUCUUAUAGCAGAAAAGUCAAAUCGGAGUUUAAGGAGAGCUAUACUGUCAUUUGAGACUUGUCGUGUCCAACAGUAUCCCUUUACAAGCAAACAAGUAAUAUCCUCAAUGGAUUGGGAGGAAUAUGUUGCUGAACUAGCAUCUGACAUAAUGAAGGAGCAGAGUCCUAAAAGGCUGUUUCAGGUUCGAGGGAAGUUGUAUGAGCUACUUGUCAAUUGUAUUCCUCCAGAGAUUAUCUUGAAGAGGCUGCUUUAUGAAUUAUUAAAGAAAUUGGAUGCUGAACUAAAACAUGAGGUUUGCCAUUGGGCUGCAUAUUAUGAGCAUAGGAUGCGUCUAGGACAGAAAGCUAUAUUUCACAUUGAAGCAUUUGUGGCCAAGUUCAUGAGCAUUUACAAGUCUUUUCUCAUUGCGACUUUUGGCUGAAGACCAUCAUGCUUACUUGCACUGCUAAAUUACGCUGAACAUAAUGGAAAUGAAUAUAUGAAAGAUCCCAUUAUUUUGUCACUGAAUGUUAUGGGAAGAGGUCUUUCGUGCCAUCCUUCUAAGAUAAAGCUUCCAUUUCAAUCCUAAAAUUGGUUAUGCUAUUGGCGUACUUAUUGAGAAAAAAUUAUUUCUCCUUUAUGAUGAAUGAUGAUUGCUCCCACGUAUUUUAUCA